AUGUCAGAAAACGAGCAAAUAGAGGCGGCACAAACUAGCCCAGAUCAACGAACUGAAACCAAUGAACAGGAAAACAAGAUGACUCAAGAGGAUGUAAAAGAGGAUGUAAAAGAGGAAUCAACUACGCCAGUUACCCCUGCUUCUGCCACUGAAGGUGGACGUGAAACAUCCAACAAGAUUUUAUAUGUGGGAAACUUGCCCAAAUCGGCGUCGGAAGAGCAAAUUAGUAAACUAUUUUCCGUUUCCAAACCAAUUAAAUCGAUCAAGUUGUUGAAUGACAAGAACAAGCUUGGCUUUAAUUAUGCAUUUAUUGAAUUUGAUGAAAAUCAGGAUGCCGAUAUGGCAUUGAGUACUUUAAAUGGAAAAUUACUCAACAAUUGUGAAAUCAAGGUCAAUUGGGCGUAUCAGUCUGCUACAAUAGCAAGUAAUAGUACUCCAGAGGACCCUACGUAUAAUGUUUUUGUUGGAGAUUUGAGCUCUGAGGUCAAUGACGAAGCAUUAAAGAAAGCGUUUAACAAAUUCGAUUCCUUCAAAGAGGCGCAUGUUAUGUGGGAUAUGCAAACUUCACGGUCUCGAGGCUAUGGGUUUGUAACAUUUGGCAAGCAAGAAGACGCUGAAUUGGCCCUUCAAACGAUGAAUGGCGAAUGGUUAGGUGGUAGAGCCAUUAGAUGUAAUUGGGCAGCACACAAACAAUCAAACAAUCGAGACUACGCUAACUCUCAUGGAUUGAGGAAUCACAACCGUUAUAACCAUCGACAAUUUAGACCGUACAAUGGAAAAAAUUUCAACACUUAUCAUAGUAAUCAAUACUCAAGCAAUGGCCUGCAACAUAUAGCCCCAGGGUUAAUAAUACCAGAGUUGAAUUUGUCGAAUGGAAGCUUGCCAUUAGGAUCACAACAAAUUGUCAAUUCCCCACCAAAUGGCCUCAACGGAAAUGCUCAACAAACGGGAAACAUAACAGUAAUGUCACCACAGUCAUACGACAUUGUAUUAAGGCAGACACCCUCAUGGCAAACUACAGUUUACUUAGGAAAUAUUGCUCAUGUUACACAACAACAAGAAAUGAUUCCCUUGUUGCAAAAUUUCGGAUUCAUAGUAGAUUUUAAAUUUCACCCAGAAAAAGGAUGUGCAUUUGUGAAAUAUGAUUCACAUGAGAGAGCUGCUUUAGCAAUUAUUCAACUAGCUGGGUUCAACUUGAAUGGUAGACCUUUGAAAUGUGGAUGGGGUAAGGAGAGACCACCUCAGUAUCAAAAUAGAGCCACGAGUUAUCAAGGUCGGUAA